AUGAAAGACGAAGCUCUACCACUUGGUAGUGGCCGAUAUGAAACACGAUUGGCCGUGGAUAGACGACGAUUGGAAUCAAUGAUAACAGGCAAGCCAUCAUCCGAAGAAGACUAUCAACUUCCAAAUGCAUCAUUGUUUUUUGACCAAGUCAUGCAAAUAUCGGGUGCUACAGUCAUUUGGCCAACGCAGCUAAAGAUUGGAGCCAAAACAAAACGGGAUCCUUUUGUAAAACUACAAGGAACAACAGAGCAAAUUGAAAAAGCAAAAUUGUUGAUUAUGUCUACUUUACAUUGCAAAAAAGAGCGGGUUACUCUCAAAGUUGAUAUUCAUCAUUCUAUUCAUUCACAUAUUAUUGGUAAAGGAGGACGGGUUAUCCAACAGAUUAUGAGAAACACCAAAUGCCACAUUCAUUUUCCUGACUCAAAUAAAUUCAGUGCUUAUCCUAAUCGAAGUGAUCAGGUUUCAAUCUCAGGCGGACCCCAAGAUGUGAGUAGUGCUCUACGAUUAUUACGAGCUAUAUCUCCUAUUGUAUUAACGACUGAGUUACCAUGGAUUCGUUCCGGAUCUCCAGAUAACUCAGGAUUCCCAGAGAAUUUCUCAUUUCAACGAGUUUCUUCCUCAGUUUACCUAUGUAUCAUCCGAGGCACGACGGGAGAUGAGAUGGCUCUACAACACUCAGUUCAAAUGCUGUUACAGCAGUUUUCUAUUCCAAGCAGUUACACACCAAGUUUCAAAACAUCACUUCCGCUAAAGGAAGACGUCAUAACGUUAAUUAAAUCACCUGAUCACUAUAGAAAGUUAGAAAAAGUGAUGGAAGAGAAGAAGGUAACACUGAUGAUCAAUAACGCUCUGGCUCACAUCUCUGGAACAUAUGAAUCUAUCAUAUAUUUUAGGAAGUUUUUAAUCGGAUAUUCCCCGGCUUGUUUAACGUUUGAUGUACCAUUGGCGUUUACUUCCAAUAUUGCGCUUGUUGAAAAAACUUACGACGUUCUCAUAACAACGAAGAAAAGAACGAAUCAACCUGGAGCUAUUUCAAUAAUGAUGAAAACAGCAGAAGCUUUAAUAUCCACAAUGUUCAAAGCUCGUGAUGUUUUACUUGGAAAUGAUGGAAAUGAUGAUUACUUUGGAGAGAAUGAUUUUCUAAUGCCAAUAGAUGAUUAUGUGAUCAACACCAAUCUUUCGGAUACUCCGUCUCUUUCCUCUCUAUGUUCUCUACCAUUUUCCUUGAGCUGCUUGAGUGAAACACCAAAAUCUCCUGAUCCUGACAAUUCUCCACUAGCUGCAUCUAUUUUAAAAGGAGUCAAAAAUAUUGAAAGUAGAGGUGAUAGGUGGCUAAAACGUGCAUCGACAACUUCUCGCGAGGAAAUGCUUGCGAAGGCUGCUCAAGCUUUGUUUGAUGAGCCGAGUGGAGAUAGAUACCCAACAGAUCAUUGGGCUGGAUAUGGAUUCAGUUGUUCUCUUCCGGCUGAACUCUUGAAAAAUUUCAUGGAAGUGAAUGAGCACAAAAUAGAACCAGAAAGGUCUGUCGUGUUCGGAAGAGAGAAGAAAUACAUUUUUUGGAUUUCAAACCGUGGACUAUGUUCCGUUCGUGAAGAAGAUGAAUUGUCGGAUUUUUCGGGAUCUUUCAGUAGUACAUCUAUCAACUCUGGUCAUCGAAACUAUGAAAACAGAGAUCUGCGUAAAGGGAUUUUUUCUGCUUCAACUUCUAUAUUCGACGUCCAGCCACCUCUGAUUGGAGAUUUUAGUUGGGACAUUCGAAUCGUAAACGAUCCAGCAAUGGUUUUAGCUCAGCUUGGUUGCAGUGAAUAUUUAGCUCAGAUGCGAGAGCAAGAGAUUGAUAUGCACGCAUUCUUACUAUUAGAUGAACAGAACUUGAAAGAUAUCGGAGUCUCCACUAUUGGUGCUCGUAAAAAAAUACAUCACGCAAUCUUAAAGUUACGUGAGUCGGCUCGUCAGCAUGGUAUUGCCGUAUAA